GGCCCUGUUGUGGUGCCAAUGGAAAAUUGGGUUCUGUGCCGUAUAUUUUUGAAGAAGAGAGGAACCAAAAAUGAGGAGGAAAACAUCCAAUUCGGCAAUGGUAAUAGACUGCCCAAACUCAGGACCACAAAGCCUGUUUUCUAUGAUUUCAUGACAAAGGAGAGGACAACUGAUUUGAAUCUAGCUCCUUCCUCAUCAUCCUCAGGGUCCAGUGGAAUCACAGAGGCGUCUUGUAAUGAAUCAGAUGAUCACGAAGAAAGUAGCAGUUGCAAUAGUUUUCCGUAUUUUAGAAGAAAACCAUAA